AUGGCUGAACCAAUCAGAAACAAACGUCCAGACGUCACGGCUCCCACGCCUCAAAACACACCCUCUGUUGCGGCUCCUAUCUCUUCUCAUGCUCAGCAACCAGGCAUCGCCAGCAUCAAAGAAGAGGAGAUGGACCGUGCCGCUGCUGCUUCAAUCUUUGCCCAGAACCCUCAACUGGUGCAGAUGAUUCAAGGCAAGCUUGGCACUUUGAUCGGCCGACCAUCCGGUUAUAUUGAGUCUCUCCCUCCUGUCGUCCGUCGACGCGUCUCUGGACUCCGUGCGAUUCAAAAAGACCAUGCGAAGCUGGAAUCCGAGCUGCAGGAGGAAAUCCUUCAGCUUGAGAAGAAAUACUUUGCCAAGUUUACCCCGCUUUAUGAAAAGCGAUCUUCAAUUGUCAACGGAACCGUUGAGCCCACUGAUGAUGAGGUGAAGGCUGGCGAAGACGAGGACUUUGAUCAGCUGCAAGCUCAGACGAUGGGUGACGAGGACGCCAAGAAAUCCGAUUUCCCCGAGAAUGUUGCCGGUAUUCCCGAGUUCUGGCUCUCUGCCAUGAAGAACCAUAUGAGUCUGGCUGAGAUUAUCACUGACCGAGACGGUGCCGCUUUGAAGCACCUGGUUGAUGUUCGCAUGGAGUACUUGGAGGAACCAGGUUUCCGUCUCAUUUUCGAAUUUUCCACCAACGAGUUUUUUACAAACAAGACGAUCACGAAGACUUACUUCUACCAAAAUGAAAGUGGUUAUGGUGGCGACUUUAUCUAUGAUCACGCCGAAGGUGACAAGAUUGAAUGGUAUCCUGGCAAGGAUCUGACUGUGCGCGUUGAGGCAAAGAAGCAGCGUAACAAGAACACGAAACAGACACGAAUUGUGAAGAAGACCGUCCCCACCGAAUCCUUCUUCAACUUUUUCUCUCCCCCUAAGCCUCCUACCGAUGACGACGAUGACGACGAGAACUUUGACAUCGGAUCUGAAAUUGAGGAUCGCCUUGAGCUCGAUUACCAGCUUGGUGAGGAUAUCAAGGAGAAGCUCAUCCCUCAUGCUAUUGAUUGGUUCACCGGUGAGGCUCUGCGUUUCGAGGAGCAAGACGAUGGUGAGCUUGAUGAUGGCUUCGAUGAGGACGAUGAUGAAGACGAGGAUGACUUGAGUGAUGAUGGAGAUGAGGAAGAUGAGUCAGACGAAGAUGACGAAUCUGGCAAGCCGAAGCAAGAGGCUGCUGAGUGCAAGACAAGCUAA